ACUGUAUUCCUCUGUCUGAUCGUUGUCUGGAUUACAUGAUACAGAAACUGGAUGUAGACGGGGAUGGAGAGAUUGAUCUCAAUAGUUUUUACAGUAGUUUUCACGAGGACGAAGACCUGGGGGAAGUGAUGCAAGCCAAGUCAGAAUACAAACGGAAGGAGAGAGAGAUGCACAACGCCUCAAAGAACUGGAACUUUGACAUAUAAAACACAGACAUUGGACGUGUUCGAAUCAAACUUCAGAGACUGAUGCAGAGAAAAAUGGACGGCAAUCCCACAUUCAGGGCGCGUGUGGACUUGUUCCAAGAGGCGCUCAAAGAGGGAAAACUCAAAUCCGUUUACAAUGACAAAAAAGACAAAGCCAAGGAACGAGAACGAAUCCAACAGAAACGGAUGAUCAAACGACAGCUGGCAGACGACUCCUUGGAUGAAGAGGAACAAUCCAAGUUAAAACUGGACCUUGAAAUUGUUAGCCAGGAGAUGGCAACAGAAAACUCCAGAAUCGGGAGCGGAUCCAGGAGAGCGAGUGGACGUCCCGCCUCUGGACUUCAAAAACUAAAAGAGCACCAAGAAAACAGUGACUCACAAUCCCCUAAAACUUCCCGGCCAAGUUCUGGCCUACCCUCCCGCCCUAUAUCCGGGCAUUCAUCCCUCCGACCUAAUUCUAGUCGCCUCGGCUCCACAACUCGCCCCAGGUCAACACAGUCAAGUCAGAGAGGGGCGGGUAAUUCCAGUACCAGGUCCUCACGGCCGGGCUCCCCCCUGAUUAACACUGCGAGGAGAGACUCCAAAAAUUUGACAUCUAAUCCAAACUCAGAGAGAAGGAGCGUAUCUAAUGGAAAUGAUUGGAAACCCCUCAAUUUCUGAUUCACUAUAUGAUAUAAGUUAUUUAUAAAUAAUGCGUGUUUACUGAAAGAGUAAAUGAUUGGAUUGAAUGGAUCCCACGAUUUAUUUUGCUAAUAAAACGUCUGUAAAAUUUUAUAACAGAAAUAAAUCUAUUAUUAUAA